UUAGAUAACUCUAUUCUUCCGCCGUGUCACUUUUUGAAGCGCUUGGAUUUUGGUACGCGGGUGAAAUUUCUAGAAUUUUCCAGUAAAGUAGCGUGAAAAUCGGUGCGAAUUUAUGCUAAAACUGUGCGGGGGAGUCCGGUGAACGUUUUGGUGGUGGACACAGGUGAAAUUGUGUGAAUGCCGGUGGGUUAAAAGUGUUUUUAAGUUUACCCCGUCGGCAGCCAUUUUCUUUGCGGAGUUGGUGACUGCCUCUUUGCAGGAGAGGAAACUUUUUUGUUUGUCCGAGGAGAAAAUUGUGCAAUCGGUGAAAAGUUUUAGUGAAUCUUUAAGGGAAAGUUGAUUCCGAGGUAGAAAUGGCGAGUCCUUCGCCAGUCAACAGUCCGAUGCCGCCGCCGCAGGCUCCGAGUCCGAUGGGGCCACCAUCGCAGAGUCCCGCCCCUUCUCCGUCGCCGCACAGUCCGUACCAGCCUCCGCCGCCCGGGCCACCGCAAGGCCCACCCCAUAUGGCACCCGGUCAGGGACCACCCCAUCCGCACGGUCCUCCGGGGCCGCCUCAGGGUGGACAGGGUGGCCACAUGCCGAUGCAAGGUCCUCCUCCCCCGCAGCACGGUGGUCAACCUCCGAACCCCCACGGUCCACCGCAGCACAUGAACGGGCCACCCCCGGGACAGGGAGGACCUCAGGGGCCACCUCCGCCACACCACAUGCAAGGACCUCCGGGAGGUGGACCACCAGGGCCGCCACCACAGCACAUGCAGCAACAUCCCCCGGGUCCUCCGCACCCGGGCCAGAUGGGACAACACGCGGGACCUCCCGGCCAAGGCCCGCCCGGGUCGCAAGGCCCUCCACCGCCACACGGACCCCACCAGAGCGGUCCCCCGAUGCCACCGGGAAUGGUCCCCGGCGGAUAUCCACCGCACUCGAUGCCGCCAAACACGGGUCCGCCACCGCCAGGUCCGAUGCAGCCGGGAGGUCCCGGUCAGGGAAUGGCCGGUCCAGGAGGCCCCAACAUGGGUGGACCGGGAGGUCCAAAUAUGAUGCCCGGAGGACCUCCGCCACCGCCAGGUCAGGAAAAUCUGAGUGCUCUCCAGCGAGCCAUUGAUUCCAUGGAGGAGAAGGGACUCCAGGAAGAUCCACGCUACUCCCAACUGCUGGCGAUCCGCGCCACCUCGAAGCAGCAGAACUUGAACGUCAACCAGCUGCACCAACUCCGAGGACAGAUCAUGGCCUAUCGAUUGCUGGCCCGUCACCAGCCCAUCAACAAGCAGCUGGCCGCGCAAAUUCAGGCUCAACGUUCGGACGGAACUCCGCCGCAGUGUCCGACGCCACCAUCCAGCCCCUUCCAGGGUGGACCCCCGGGUGGACCAUCUCCACAGCCGUCAAUGCCACAACAGCAGGGACCACCGCAGCAAGGUCCACCGCAAGGCCCUCCCCAGGGUCCGCCCGGAAUGCCACCGGGUAAAAUUGGUCCUCCGGAACCGGGCAAACCUCCCGCCGGCGGAAUGCCUCCCAACCAGAGUCCGAUGCCGGGCAUGACCAUGGGAGGUCCCCAGCAGCAACAUCCGCCCCAAAUGGGAGGCCCCGGCGGACCGGGACAGCCACAGCGUCCAAGCUCGCAAGGCCCAGCCGGUGCCGGAGGCGUUCCUCGUCCGGCGGCCCAAGCCCCCACAGUUCAGCCAAUCCAGAAGCAGAACCGCGUCACGACCGUCGCCAAACCGGUCGGCUUGGAUCCGAUCACGAUUCUCCAGGAGCGUGAAAACCGCAUGGCCGCUCGCAUUGCCCUGCGCAUGGAAGAGCUCAACAACCUGCCGGCCAUCAUGCCGGAAGAUAUGCGCAUCCAAGCUCAGAUCGAACUGCGCGCGCUUCGCGUCCUCAACUUCCAGCGUCAAUUGCGCUCGGAGAUCGUUCAGUGCACUCGCCGAGACACCACGCUGGAGACCGCCGUCAACGUGAAAGCCUACAAGCGCACCAAACGUCAAGGUCUGCGCGAAGCUCGUGCCACGGAGAAGCUCGAGAAGCAGCAGAAGCUGGAAGCCGAGCGCAAACGUCGCCAGAAGCACCAGGAGUUCCUCGCACUGGUCCUCCAGCACGGCAAGGACUUCAAGGAGUACCACAGGAACAACGUCGCCAAGGUUGGUCGCCUCAACAAGGCCAUCAUGAACUACCACGCGAACGCCGAGCGCGAACAGAAGAAGGAACAGGAGCGCAUCGAGAAGGAACGUAUGCGGCGGUUGAUGGCCGAGGACGAGGAGGGUUACCGCAAGCUUAUCGAUCAGAAGAAAGACAAGCGGUUGGCGUUCCUGCUUUCGCAGACGGACGAGUACAUCGGGAACCUCACGGAGAUGGUGAAGCAGCACAAGGUCGACCAGAAGAAGAUGAAGGACGACGAGGACGAGCGCAAGCGGCGCAAGAAGCGCAUGGUUCUGGAAAGCGGAGACAUUCAGCACUUGGACACGGACUGCGAGGCGCACGACUGUCGCGUGACGGUGAUGGAGACCAACUCGGGCAAGACCAUCACCGGGGACGACGCGCCGUAUCUGCGCGAUCUGUACGGCUGGCUGCAGGUCCACCCGGGCUGGGAGUACGUCAUUUCGGACGGGGAAGAUGAUGAUGACGAGGACGAGUCGGAUGAGAAGCGCAAGGACGGGGAUGAGUCUACGGACAAGAAGACGAAGGAGGUUAUUCAGAAGGCGAAGGUGGAGGACGAUGAGUACAAGACGGAGGAGCAGACGUACUACAGCAUUGCGCAUACCGUGCACGAGAAGGUCACCGAGCAGGCUUCGAUCUUGGUGAACGGCAAGCUGAAGGAGUACCAGAUCAAGGGGUUGGAGUGGCUGGUGUCGCUGUUUAACAACAAUCUGAACGGAAUCUUGGCGGAUGAGAUGGGAUUGGGAAAGACCAUUCAAACGAUCGCUCUGGUCACCUACCUGAUGGAGAAGAAGAAGAACAACGGGCCGUAUCUCGUAAUUGUCCCGCUGUCGACAUUGUCCAACUGGGUGCUCGAGUUUGAAAAAUGGGCUCCGGCCGUCGGAGUGGUCGCGUACAAGGGUUCCCCCGCAGGUCGGCGUGCCGUCCAGAACCAGAUGAAAGCGACCAAGUUCAACGUGCUACUGACCACGUACGAGUACGUCAUCAAGGACAAAGCGGUGCUGGCGAAGCUGAGCUGGAAGUACAUGAUCAUUGACGAGGGUCACCGCAUGAAGAACCAUCACUGCAAGCUGACGCAGGUGCUGAACACGCACUACAACGCGCCCCAUCGGCUGCUGUUGACGGGAACGCCGCUGCAGAACAAGCUGCCCGAGUUGUGGGCGCUGCUGAACUUUUUGCUCCCCUCGAUCUUCAAGUCGUGCUCGACGUUCGAGCAGUGGUUCAACGCGCCGUUCGCCACCACCGGCGAGAAGGUCGAGCUGAACGAGGAAGAAACGAUUCUGAUCAUCCGGCGUCUGCACAAGGUGCUGCGUCCGUUCUUGCUGCGUCGUUUGAAGAAGGAGGUGGAGUCGCAGCUGCCGGACAAGGUCGAGUACAUCAUCAAGUGCGACAUGAGCGGGCUGCAGCGUGUGCUGUACAAGCACAUGCAGAGCAAGGGCGUGCUGCUAACGGACGGAUCGGAGAAGGGCAACAAGGGCAAGGGCGGGGCGAAGGCGUUGAUGAACACGAUCGUGCAACUGCGCAAGCUGUGCAACCAUCCGUUCAUGUUCCAGGCCAUCGAGGAGAAGUACUGCGAUCAUAUUGGGGGGUCCGGGACGACGGUUAGCGGACCGGAUCUGUACCGUGCGUCGGGCAAGUUUGAGCUGUUGGAUCGAAUUCUGCCCAAGUUGAAGGCGUCCGGCCAUCGCGUGCUGCUCUUCUGUCAGAUGACGCAGUGCAUGACCAUCAUCGAGGAUUACUUGGGCUGGCGCAACUUUGGCUACCUCCGGUUGGACGGUACUACCAAGGCGGAAGAUCGUGGCGAUCUGCUGAAGAAGUUCAACUGCAAGAACUCGGAGUACUUUGUGUUUCUGCUGUCGACGCGUGCCGGAGGUUUGGGUCUGAAUCUGCAAACUGCCGACACGGUCGUGAUCUUCGACUCGGACUGGAAUCCUCACCAGGAUUUGCAGGCCCAGGAUCGUGCCCAUCGUAUCGGACAGCGGAAUGAGGUGCGCGUGCUGCGUCUCAUGACGGUCAACUCGGUCGAGGAGCGUAUCCUGGCCGCGGCCCGGUACAAACUGAACAUGGACGAAAAGGUCAUCCAGGCCGGUAUGUUCGAUCAAAAGUCCACGGGAAGCGAGCGGCAGCAGUUCUUGCAGAGCAUUCUGCACCAGGACGAAAUGGACGAGGAAGAGGAGAAUGAAGUCCCGGACGAUGAGGUGAUCAACUUGAUGAUUUCGCGAAGCGAUGAAGAGUUGGAGCUGUUCAAGAAGAUGGACGCCGAGCGCAAGGCCGAAGAGGUCAAGCCUCGUCUGCUGGACGAAUCCGAGCUACCCGAUUGGUUGGUCAAGGAGGAGGAAGAGGUCGAUCGCUGGGACUACGAAGAGGACAACUCGAUUCUCGGUCGCGGCUCGCGCCAACGCAAGGAGGUCGACUACACGGACAGCCUAACCGAGAAGGAAUGGCUCAAGGCCAUCGACGACGGCGCGGACUUUGACGAGGAGCUCGAAGAGGAGGAACGCGAGAAGAAACGCAAAGGCCGCAAGCGCAAGAGCCGCAAGGAAGACUCGGACGACGAGAGUGUCAUCUCGACGGUGACCAAACGCCGCAAGGGAACCACCCACCCGCGAGUCAAGAAGCAAAUGAAGAAGGUCAUCGACGCCGUCAUCAAGUACACCGACGAGGAGGGUCGCGUGCUCUCGAACCCUUCAUGAAACUCCUCCAAGCGCGAACUGCCCGAUUACUACGAGGUCAUCAAGCGACCCAUCGACAU